AGCUAAAUUGGAUAAGUAGAACAAGAUGGAGGAAGAUCAGGGAGAAGAUAAACCAGGCGGACGCCUCCGCCUCCCACCGUUGGUAUUUUUGCACGCCUUAUCGUCGUCUCCAUGUCCACUCCCGCCAUUAAACCUUUGCUUCCACUUUCUCCUUCCUUUAAUCAUCCAUCUCGCUCGCCUAUUUCAUGGAGUUUCUGUAGACCUAUCUCAGAUUCUUCGCCUUUUUGCUCUAUUUUCACCUCUUCUCGGCAGCGACGACAAGUAUCAGCCUCGGUUGCCUUUAAUCCAUCCGGAAAAUUUGAUCUCUCUUUGCAAGAUGAUGAAGAUGAUUCUUCUAAAGUUUCACCUCCAAUGCCACCUACUGAAGGUCGGUUCGACGUGGUGAUAGAUAACGAUGUAAUUCGUCAUCUAGACUUAUCCUCAUUUCAGAAAACAACUGGAAUAAUCUCACCUUUAGCUACUGAGCCAAAACAAUUUCUUGAGCGUACAAUUGGUUUUACAAUCAAUUAUACCCGAGAAGAUCCUCACGAUCGACGUGAAUUAUCCGAAUACCCCGACAUAAGACUGUGGUUUGUGAGGCUUGAUUCAGAGUAUCCAUGGCUACCAGUUUUACUGGACUGGAGAGCGGGAGAGCUCGCUCGCUAUGCAGCCAUGCUCGUCCCUCACCAGAUUAGUAUGAGAAUGGGAAUUGUGUUCAAUCCUGAGGCUUUGGAGUUGUUUGUGAUGAAGAAAGUCUUUAUUGUGUAUUCAUGGUUGAAGCAACAUGACAUUCCAAAGCCAAGAUUGAAAACAGCUAAUAUGGCUAGGAUGCUUGGGUUUGGGAUUGGAGAUGAACUUUUUGACUUGAUAGAUCAACAUCCAGUUGCCCCACCAUGAAAGACGAGACUGAGCUCGAAACUCUGCUUCGAUCGAUCCUUUGAAUCGAAUCGAGAGCUGGUAUUGUUCUCUCUUAUGGAACUCCCACAAUUGUAUUCAUAUUCGCUUCUCGAAAAUAGAGUUGGUAACCUUGUAAUUGCCUGUUCUUAACUUUGCAUAGCUUAUUGUUGAUGAAUGAAUAACUGAGUGAUGGAGCCACCAAUGUAUUCGACUUCGAGAAUAUGAUUGAUAAGAAAUGCUUUUCGAUAAA